UCCCAGCACUCUUUUCAGCCGGGCCUGCUGCCGCCGGUAAAGGCAGCCUCCGAGCUGCGGAGCCAGCCGCUGUAGGAGAUCAUCACUGACGUGGGAAGGUGGCGGCUGCCUGCUUCGCAGCGCCACGCCACGGGCCAUGAGCCGCCUGGGCUCGGUGCAGCAGAAGGUGCCCUGCCUGUUUGUAACUCAGGUGAAGGAGGAGCCUUCGGCCAAGCGUGAGCGCCAGCCCUUUAAAGUGUUGGCCACUGAAACAAUUAACCAGAAGGCAUUAGAUGCAGAUAUAUACAAUGCAAUUCCUACGGAGAAGGUGGAUGGAACUUGCUGUUACGUGACUACAUACAAAGGACAGCCACACCUUUGGGCUCGGCUGGAUAGAAAACCAAACAAGCAAGCUGAAAAAAGGUUUAAACAGUUCCUGUACUCAGCAGACAACUCAAACGGAUUUGCGUGGAAUACUGAAGAGGACUUCAAGUCUGUCCCUGAAUGCUGGAUUCCAGCAAAGGAAAUAGAGUACCGCAAUGGGAAGCCUUUUCCUGAUGAAAAUGGACAUAUUCCAGGUUGGGUACCAGUAGAGAAAAUCAACAGACAAUAUUGCUGGCAUACUUCUGUUGUUGACUAUGAAUCUGAAUUAGCUCUUGUACUGAGGCAGCACGCUGACAAACCUGGUCUUCUAGAAAUCAGCCCAGAGCCCUUAUCCAGCUUUUCUGAGCAAACGUUGGAGCUUAUUGGAACAAACAUUAAUGCAAACCCAUAUGGUUUGGGAAGCAAGAAGCAUCCUAUACACCUCCUUGUACCACAUGGAACUUUUCAGAUUAAAAAUGCUCCUGCAUUGAAUCAUGACGACAUAUUGUCUUGGUUUGAUGGGUGCAGUGAGGGGAAAAUUGAAGGAAUUGUAUGGCAUUGCAAUGAUGGAUAUUUAAUCAAGCUUCAUCGGCAUCAUCUUGGCUUGCGUUGGCCAAUUGCAGACUCGUACUUGGUUUCUAAACCAGUUGUUGUUACCUUCAGUGGAGCCAAAUAUGACUAUAACUUUGAACCAAAGACACUUUUUCAUUAUUUUUCAAAGCUGGAAGGACAAAGAUUCAGUAGUCUCAGAGAUAUAACAUCUGAUCUGUGACAAGAUUUGUUUUUUUAAAGAAGACCUGCGUAGUAUAUCUUAUUGAGCACCUUUACUGUUGUUCCUUUCAGGCCAAAGUGGCUAUGUGUGAAACACACUUAUUGAAGCAUUGAGGCCUAGGUAUUGGGACUACCAUGUGUUUUAUAUUUUAAUCACUGUACAGCUACUUCUAGGGAUGUCAUGCACAUUUGGGGAGGGUGGGGAACAGGCACUUUAAAAGGAGGAAGGCAGGCCUUACCUACCCCUCCAUUGCUCCGCUGCCGCCCCCACCCCCGAACAGCACUGUUUGUAUUUAGCAGUCGGGUGCUCUGUUUGCCGAUUGUAUCUUUUUGGGAACAGGUAGUUCCCUGUUCCCAGCAGCCUUUGGGCAGCGUUGGGAAGGAAAUGGUGUCUGAGUAUGUGUAGAUGCCAUUGGCUCAGGUCAUGCAGAUGGACAGUGCACAUACGUGGUGGCAUCCUAAAUGGCCACUGCCAGCGCAAAGUGGCCCUUUGGUCUAAAAACCUGGCCAUUUUUAGACCUGGGAAGAGGGAACUACUGGAAGGAACCCCCCCCCCCCCGCCCGAGGUGGUGAGUUCUAAAAAAGCAAAAAACAAAAAACCAAACCCUUAACACUAGAACCCUUGGACCAGCUCAAAUUCGAGCCAAACUGGGUGGUUUGUUCGGGCGGGCAGGAGGGCAUGCCUGGUUCUGUUAGUCUGGUUCAGAUUUGAACCGAACCAGGCAUACAGGUUUUGUGCACAACCAUAUCAAUUACUACAAUAUAAAUUGUUGUAGUAUAUCAAUUUGUACAGAUAAGUUUAUUUUAGCAACAUAAGCAAUAGAAUAUUUAAAGUUUAGAAAUAAGAGGAAUGACAGUUUUCUCUUUUGUAAUUUCAUUCUCAAAAGAUUGUCUACCAGAAUGUUUUGCUGUCUGAAGUUCCAUAGAAGUUUAAGGGGUUUGGCCUAACCUGGGCUUUUCAGGAUUGGAGCAUUAUAUGUUAGCCCAGUAGUAUCACGGCAGCUUAUGAUGUUACAUUUUGUAUUCUGCUGUAUCUAUACACAAUAAUUACAUAGUAUGUCACUUGUGAAGGGUGCAUGUGUGUAAUUAAUACACAGCACUGGAAAAGCCUGAGCCUUUUCUUCUGUUUAUAAAUAUGUGAAGUCCUACAACUGAGUUACAUCCAUCCAUAUCUUUUGUACAGCAUGUUGGGAUUAGAAUACAAGAUGCAGUAUAAUAUGCCAUCCCUAGUUCUGACAUGCAACACAGCACUACUUGCUUAAAUAAGGUUUGUUGUUUCUACAUGGGGACUUGGCUGAUCUUGGCCUGCAAUUUGAUCUUAUUCAUGAAUACAAAAAUAAUUAGAACUUGUUUAAUGAAUCUGGAAAUGUUUUAUUAGACAAGGCUGAUAUUGCAUAGCUGACAGCUUAAGUGUUUGAAACAGGGCAAACAAGUGUAAAACUACUGUUUGAAUGAUUGAAUGGUGAACAUGCAUAGAAAAAUAAAUAACUGUAAAGUU